AUGAACAAUUUGUCGUCAAGUUUAUGCUACACAGACAAAAAUAACAUUAUAUUUGGUAACAACAAAAUUUUAUGUUUUGGAGUGUGUAUUACAGGUGAAGAGGUUUGGAGCAGAAUAACUGCCAUUUUAGCACUUCUACUCCCCUGUAUUUACUUCAAUUCCACCACUCUUAUUUGGUAUUACAAAAAUUAUGGAUUGGCUAUACCCAUAUCAAUUGUGCUACUUGAUAUCGUUUUGCUAAUAUCUUACAUUGCAGUAUCAAUAUCUGAUCCAGGAAUCUUACCUAGACACGAUUCUUCGAGCACUUUUUACGAUUCUCUAACGCAUAGGAGGAGUAAGGGCGUUGUACCAUAUAUCGAAGUCCCGAUAAAUGGAGUAUUUUUAAGAAUCAAAUAUUGUUCAACAUGCAACAUUUAUCGCAACCCCAGGACUAUUCACUGCAAUUCCUGUAAUGUAUGUGUUGAUAGAUUUGAUCACCAUUGUAAAUGGCUCGGGAAUUGUGUAGGUUCUAGAAACUAUUGUAUAUUCUAUCUCAACAUAACAGUGCUCUUUAUUCUCGCAAUUUAUAUGCAAGUUUUAUGCUGUUACACAAUCGCAAUCGCAUCGACUUAUGGCAAAGAAGGAUACCGAAAUGAUAUAAUCCAAGCGGCAGUCUGUCAAGCUUAUUUGCUGCUAACUUCCUGGUUCAUACUUGGAUUAUUUAUCUACCAUACCUAUCUAAUAUGCACUAACCAGACAACAAAUGAACAAUUAAAGGGAGUUUAUGGAGACUAUAAUCCAUGGGAUAAAGGUGUUCUAAAUAACAUCCACGAAGUGCUAUUCAGGAGGAGGAUAUCAACACAUUAUUACCACCCGUAUGUAAAAAGAAAGAUCUAUUGCCAAACCUUCCAACGACUAGAUCACUUAAUAGUGGAUGAAGAUUUAGAAGCGCAGACACUGAAAAAUACACAUGAUAGUAAAUUUUUCAAGGCAAAAAAUGGCGUUGGGAACGCCGGUACGCAUAAUGUUAGUAGUGAAAUUAAUAAAUCAUUGGGGGUUUACGGUUGCGAGGAUUAUGAGACAAGAUUUAAAAUGGAUAACGCGAUGGCAGAGGGGAUAAAUACAUUUAUAGAAGUUGAAAAUGAAACGGAUGCCAAUUUAACUAAGAUUUCUUUCGACAGAACGGAAGAGCCUUUGCCAGAAUCCCAUCCAGAGUCCAGUGUUUAUUGUAAAAUGAUCGAUAAAGAGAAGUUCGAUUUAGCCUAUAGAUAUAAUCCGGUUUAUGAUUUGACAAAAACGCGUACAUGCUACACAAGUUGCAAUUUAAACAAUAAUAAGGAUAACAAAUGUACCGUAGAUCCAGCUCCAGUAUUUGCUGAAGGUGAAGAUUGUAUUGCAGGGGAUACUGUUGAAGAAACAAAACCAAUGUGCCUAAAUUCAACAGUUGUGACCAGAGAUAUGAAUGAAUUGUGUGAUGCUAUUGAUUUGACGACGGCGAAAUUUAGUGGGAUAACUAGUGUAACACUAGCUGACAUGUAG